AUUAUCCUUUGAAGUUAGUCACUAGAUUUCCUGAUCAUCCUCGCAUUGGUUAUUGUGCAAGUCCGGAUGAUGUGAAUCACUCUUCUACACAAAGCCAUAUUUUUCAAACGCUUAAAUUUGAAAUGAUGCUUGUGUAUUAAUUUAUCAUAUUGGUGUCCUAAGUCAUGUUUAUGGUGUUUCCAAAUUACAAGUGGUCAAUAAAAAAAGGGUUUUGGUUUUUAUUUUUGUAUCUCUGAUGAGGAACCUCUUUAUUUAGUUGUGGUGCUUGAACAAUCACCAUCUUAUUGUUGUUACCUUCUAUUUUAGCCAAACCAAUUAUGUUAAGAAAAUAUGGAUUUCAUCUCAUUCUCUCUGCUGAUCUGUACAAGAAAUGCCAUCAUGUAUUACAUUUUUUGUUGUCUGAUCAUAUCUUAAUACCUUAAUAGAUAAUUUUGUUUUACUUAAUAGAUAGUUUUCGUUAUCGG